AUGUCUAAUAUUCAUUAUAUCAAGGGAAAUAUCUUGAAAGGACGAACUUACAAAAGGAUCAUAAUACAUUCCUGUAAUGCAAAUGGUGCAUGGGGUGGAGGCAUUGCUUACCAGUUAGCGGUGAAACAUCCUAAGGCAGAAGAAGUGUACGUUGACUUAUGCGAAAGAUUUGGUCAGAAGUUACUUGGGAAAUGUGUGGUGAUACCCAGCUAUAGCGAUGAUGAUGUGCUUAUUGGAUGUUUAUUUACAUCAAUAUUUGGAGGUGCGAGCCAUGGCAGCGGCACUAGUAUAGUUGAUUAUACUGACAAGGCUCUAUCACAUUUUGAUGAGUUGUUGGCAAAAGAACAGAGUAAAUCUGAUAACGCAAAUCUUGAUAAAGAAAUUGAGAAACUAUUGAAACUGAAGAGCGGAGUACUUAAGGAUUACAAGCUCGAGAUGCCAAAAAUCAAUAGCGGUAUAUUUGGAGUCCCUUGGCCAGAAACCGAGGAAGUAUUAAAGAAGUAUGACAGAUCUAUGAAUUUUACUGUGUAUGAACUCUGA